CCUCCAAAGUGAUCGAAAGCAGCUUUAUUCUGGCCUGUCUGUACAGGCUCUUCAUCACAGGAGGUCAUAUCUAUGAAGACCACUUUCCUUUCAGGCACAGCAUAAGCAGUUAUAAAGCACAGAACAGUCAGUUGUAUUCAUUCAUGUUUAAAAAGAAAUAUAUGUCCUCUAACAUAUUUUUAGUACACAGGUCUCUAUUCUAACUAAUGGAGGAGCUGCAAUCUGAUUCUCUGAUGUCUAUGGGGAAAAGUAGAGGUCUGGAUAUUUUAAUCCAGUUUUAGAACUGUAGAGUUGGAAGAGACCCCAAGGGCCAUCCAGUCCAGCCCCCUGCCAGGCAGGAAUACACAAUCCAAGCACUUCUGAUAGAUGACCAUCCAGCCUCUGUUUAAAAACCUCCAAAGAAAAGGUCUUCAAUCAUGCUUUCCUGGAAUACAACAGAUUAGUCAAACAUCCUUGCCUCCUCCUCCAUCAGUCCAAAAGCUCCAUUGCAUCACUGGAUGCUGUCUUUAUAUAACCUCCAAACUGAAGGAUCUGGAUGUUUUCAGACAUUUUCUCAAACAGUGUUUGCCGUUGGGAACGAUGAUAUUUGCCUUGUGGUGGACUUGUUGGAUCUCUUUGGUUUAUUCUUCCCUCAACUUUUGUAUAGCCUUUCCCAUCUAUGUUCCUGCAGGAGAGCCUUGGGUUAUUCGUUGUCCACUAAGACCACUGCCUUCAUUGCAAUCUAACUACAGUGUGACUUGGUACACAAAUGGUAGUGAUAUACCCAUAACAACAAAUAACCUCUCUAGGAUCUAUCAACGUGGAGACUUGCUUUGGUUUGUCCCUGCAAACAUAGAAGAUACAGGAAAUUAUCUGUGUGUCAUUAAUAAUGUCACAAAAAGCAGGAAGGACAUAGAAGUUGUCCAGAAUAAUGAUGGUUUAUGUUUUAAUGAAAAAACAACUUAUCCACAAAAUUUGGAGUUGGGUAAAAAUAGAAGGUUGGUUUGUCCUGAUCUUGAAGAUUUUCAAGAUGAAAAUACUCCACUUGAUAUACAAUGGUACAAGGCAUGUAGUCCUGGAUUACUUAAUGAUAAGAGAUACUGGGCUUCUGAAGGCAAUCUCUAUAUUGAUGCAGUAACUAAGAAUGAUGAAGGAACAUAUAUAUGUUGGGGAAACUAUACUUAUAUGGGAAAACAAUAUUAUGUUUCACGGGCCAUUAAUUUAACUACUUUUGAUCCUCCACCAGAAGUACCAAUAGAGAUCAUAUAUCCCCAAAAUAAUUCAAUUGAAGUAGAACUUGGAUCCAGCAUUGUCAUCAGCUGUAAUGCUUCAAGAGGCUUUAACAAAGAUGUAUUUCUAGCCUGGGAUUUCAGUGGUGAACAGCCAGAUGAUUUUACAAUCAAAUAUGAAAAAUAUAAGGAACGACUGCCUGAAAAACUGAUAGUGGGAUUAAGGUUUAAUAUAUCUAAAAUGAAAGCCAAAGAUUAUGGAAAAUAUUCCUGCAGUGCAUGGUCCUUUGGAAUGAAGGGACGAGUAGCAUACAUCAUGCUACAUCGGCCAGCUCCAAACUUUAAAGGUUAUUUGAUUGGAGGACUAGUUUCAACACUGUUUGUUAUACUAACGGCUCUGCUCACCUACAAGUUUUUCAAGGUGGACAUUGUGCUCUGGUAUCGUGAAUCUUGCCAUCCUUUUCUCCAUGAAGGAGUUUCAGAUGGGAAGCUCUAUGAUGCUUAUGUGUUGUAUCCCCGAAGUGUAGCAAACUGUGCAUAUUCAUCUGAUAUCUUUGUCCUGAAAGCAUUGCCUGAGGUUUUAGAAAAACAGUGUGGCUAUAAGCUUUUUAUCUUUGGAAGAGAUGAUUUGCCGGGGCAAGCUGUGAUUACGGUUAUUGAUGAAACUGUAAAACAAAGCAGAAGAGUGAUUGUUGUGUUAGUACCCGAUUCAUCAUCUUCCAGCAUACAGAGUACAACCUCUGAGCAUGAAAUUGCAGUGUAUAGUGCUCUUAUUCGAGAUGAAAUUAAAGUAAUACUGAUUGAGUUAGAAAAAAUAAAAGACUACAGCAACAUGCCAGAAUCAAUCAAAUAUCUUAAAAAGAAACAUGGAGUGCUCACAUGGCAAGGAGAUUUCUCAGCCAAAUCUCAAAUGGCAACAACAAGGUUUUGGAAAAAUGUAAGGUACCAGAUGCCAAUGAACAAAAAUCCUCCUUCAUUAGAUCUGCAUUUGUGGCCAGUAAUGCUCAGUUCUUCUCAGAUCUCAGAAGGAUGAUAACGCCCUGUUUGCAAUGCUGUUCUAUAAUACAUUGGAUGCUGUGAAGAUCCUUUAUGUGUGAACAUAUACCUGCCCUUCUAUUAGGAGGUGUUCAAGAGUGAACAUUGAGCAGUAUAAUUUGCACAGUUUGCACAGAAUGAGAGGAGCCAAUGGAUCAGUGAGCUACCCAGAUAAAUGGGGAAAUAAUGUGAAUGCUUCAACAUAAAGAGAAUCCAAAUUGUUUUAAUAUUGUCCUGAUUUACAGACAGAACAAGUGACUAUGAAGGAAACAAUUUGUCAUCUUAUAUGAUGGCUUCUAUUUAUAUUGGGUUUUUAAAAUCUGAAACACCAGAUAACUGUUUUCAUUGUCUCAAAUGUGCUUGUUUAUUUUCUAAAUAUAUGUGUGGAGAAUUUAGAAAAAAAGGGGGCAAGAAUUACUAUUGAAGUUCAAUGAACAAGUACCAUUUAUUAGCUUUAGAAAAAGAUCUGCAUGUUCAGAUAAUCACCUUGGCGGGUUAUAGACAGCCGCUUUCAGGCGGUCUCCCGCUGGCGCCAUUUGCUCCAUGAGGGAGCUGCAGCAGCCAUACUGCGCAGCUUCCGCGUGGAGCAAAAAAGAAGUUCCAUUUUGGAGCUUCUUUUUGCGGCGCCUCUAUGAUGUCGCGAGGCGCCUGGGGCGGACUCACAAUGUCAUAGACGCCGCGUGACGCCCGGACGCACAGUGUCCGAUACGUAAAGAUGGCGGCACCCGUAUGAACAGGGCGCUGCCAUCUUGUACGUAUUCUAUACGUACUAGGGUUAGGGGGGUGCGGAAGCACCGCCUCUUCCUAACCCUAGUACGUAUAGAAUACGUAUUAAAUGGCGGUGUGUAACCCGCCCUUGUGAAGAAACUAAUGUGCUUCCUUCAGAGGGCCUUUAAUCAGGUAAAAGAAGAAGUUCUUUUGGUCUUUUCUAAGCCAAGCUCCUCGUGGUCAACAGCCAGCCUUUCCUCCUGCCACGACCCUUCACAGCCUUUCCAUUUAAAUUCCAAACAGGUUCUGCCCACUUUGCUCCGGCUCAUUCUCUAUGGCUUUGGGCAGAUGAGACAGGUGCACUUCAAAUGGAGGUCUUUCCCUUUGAAAGAAUUCUUCAUUCACCCAAAAAGCUGUCUCAGAGUACACACUAAAUUCUACUUCCACUUUGCACUAAACUCUAACACUACACUUAGUCGGUAACAACCCAACGCCUGCCUGUCCAAACCACUCUCAUUUCCAAGCCAGUGUGAUAUAAGCAAAAAGAUUUUUAAAAAUCUUGUACUGACCAGUUAGCUGGCAGCCUGUUCCUUCACACUGAAUCCUGCAAUGAUGGGUGAGUGGUAAGUAAGCAACAGAAUAGGGCCUUCCUAAAGAUAUCCUGCACAGGGGCCUCUUUCAUUCCCGAGUCCCUGUUGUUGUUUUUAAUGUUCAGGUGGCCCUUCCUCUUGAUUCUUUCUGGACUGGGGCUAAAGUGUCAACAUGUCCAGCAUUAUGCUGGAGUUGGGGAAAGUGAUGAGAUUUCAUAUACUAUGCAUAUUCCUGCAGUAUCUCCCAAGGAGAAAAUUAUAUAAGGAUGUUUAAAUAAAUGGUCCUUCCAGAGAGCAAAUGCAAAGAAGAAGAAAGAAAAGUUCUCUGACUUGAUUUAUAUUUUUUGUUAAAUGACAAUGCUGACAAAAAACAAAACAAAAACAUGACUGACUGACUGGGUGAAAUGAUUUGGUUGUAAUUAUUUCUCUCUUUUUAAACACUAAUGUUUGCACAGUGUCCCAAAAAUGCUAAACGUUUCCUGUUUUAUAAACACUUUGACUAUAUCUGUGUUGUUUGCUGUCAAGUUAGCUUCAACUCUGGCAAACCUAAGGCUUUAACAUUCUUUUCAAAGGCUAUGAUCUGCAGAGCGGGAGCCCAGUCACGAGUCUUAAAAAUGUGCCCAAAUACGUGUAGGAAAGAAGGUCUAGAAAAUAGCACUUUGUUAAUAACUGAUUGUUUCCAUGACAAUAUUUGUAUAAUUAUGUAACAAUUCCUGGAACUUGAGAAAUAAAUCCGUCCCAUAAA